GGCCUGGUGCUUUUUCCCGUGGCUGCUUUUUCCUUCCCCUCCCGCCCUCUCUGCGAGCGGAGUGGGGAGGGGGGGAAAAGAGGAAGAGGAGGAGUGCAAACAGAAAUGCAGCGCGGCUCGCCCUGAGCCCGGCCGUGGGAGCGGAGCGGAGCCGCGUCCAUGUGCGCGCAUCGCCGCGCCGCGCCUCGGAGCCACCGCGCUGGGGCCGGGGCUGGCCGCGGGCCGCGGGGGCUCUGACUCAUCCCACGGCCCCUCGCCGGAGGGCGGCCGGCGGGAGGAAGCGCCGCCGCCUGCGCCCGGGCGGAGCGGAUCCGCGCCGCAGGGACCCGCGGAUCCUCCGCGCCUCCCCCCUCCCCUCCUUUGGACACAGCUGCCGCCGGCGGAUCUUUGCAAGCGGGGCAGCCGCCUCCCGGAUUUACAAGGCGCGGGGGAGCCUCCAGCCCGGCCGGGGGGUCUCGCCGACGGCCGCCCGCGCCGGGAUUUGCGCUCCCCGGGGACAGACCCAUGGGCGGCGGGGUCCGGCGGCCAGCCAUGGUUGUUAGCCCGGGCGCCCUGCUCCGCCUGGCCGGCUGAGCCCUCCCCGGCGCCGGGAGUCGGGGCUGCAGCGCGUUAAGCGGGGUGUCCCCCGUUCCCCGUCCCCGCGGGGCGCGGCGGCGGCUCGGCCCCAGCGCGCCCGGGCGGCGCCCCCCGGAGCGGCGCGGAGCGGAGCCGGGGGGGCCCAUGAGCGGCGAUGGCAGCGGCUAUCGCCAGCUCGUUGAUCCGGCAGAAGCGGCAGGCGAGGGAGUCCAACAGCGACCGGGUGUCCGCCUCCAAGCGCCGCUCCAGCCCGAGCAAGGACGGGCGCUCCCUCUGCGAGAGGCACGUCCUGGGGGUCUUCAGCAAAGUGCGCUUCUGCAGCGGCAGGAAAAGGCCGGUGAGGAGGAGACCGGAACCCCAGCUGAAAGGAAUUGUGACAAGGUUAUUCAGCCAGCAGGAAUACUUCCUGCAGAUGCACCCAGAUGGUACAAUUGAUGGGACCAAGGACGAAAACAGCGACUACACUCUUUUCAAUCUAAUUCCUGUGGGUCUUCGCGUGGUGGCAAUCCAAGGGGUGAAGGCAGGUCUGUACGUUGCCAUGAACGCCGAGGGAUAUCUCUACAGCUCAGAUGUUUUCACACCAGAGUGCAAAUUUAAGGAAUCUGUCUUUGAAAACUACUACGUUAUUUAUUCUUCCACGCUGUACCGGCAGCAAGAAUCCGGACGAGCGUGGUUCCUGGGACUCAAUAAAGAAGGUCAAAUUAUGAAGGGAAACCGAGUGAAAAAAACCAAACCCUCAUCACAUUUUGUACCCAAACCCAUUGAAGUGUGCAUGUACAGAGAGCCAUCGCUGCAUGAAAUUGGAGAAAAACAAGGACGCUCAAGAAAAAGUUCAGGGACACCAACCAUGAAUGGAGGCAAAGUUGUUAACCAAGACUCGACAUAGCUGACAAAUACCCUCCCUUCUUCCAACUCCUCCCCUCCCACCCACCUACCCACCCCACCUGGCGAAACCACACUGAGACGACGACAACUGAGCAAGGCAGGACCUACCGGUAGUGGCUAGGAGUCCGAACUCCAGAAUCUUUCUUUGUGUAGGACGAGGAGGUUGAACCCCAGAUCCUGCCUGUUGCAACGUUUUAAAAAACAAAACAAAACAAAACAAAACCAACAGAAAAAAGUGAAGAAAAAAUGUUUUAAAUCAGGACUCCAUUAACAUUUUCAAAAGCAAACUGUUUGCUCUGUGAUCAAAGGGGGAAAAAAAAAAAUCUCAUCUCUGCAUAACAAUAAUAAUAAUAACAACUAAUAAAUAUAAUAAUAAUAAUAAUAAUAAAGAUGUUACCUUUAAAAAUAAAACAAAGCUUUUGGAAAAUUGAACUUAGCAUAUGAUGUGCGAGAAACACAUGGGAAACACAGCCUGGGACUGCGCUUUCUGUCUUGUACUUUCACCUCACGUUCACACCACUGUUUUUUCCGUCCCUGCUUCCCUGGGGAUGGAUGGGAUUUUUCACAAAGCAGGAAGGGUAGGGAUGCAUUAUGACUGUGUUUGCUCUGCUA